ACCUUUUGCAUGUUGUUAUUGGGCAUACCCAAACUGCUGCAGGUUGAGACUUCACAACCUUUUUUAACGGAACACACACAAAUAUCUAAAGCAUUUAAAACGAUGAUGCGAAGACUACAUACAACAGCCAAAGUUGUUGAGGACAGUUACAUUGACUCCGACUUGUCCUUUUCCACCAAGGGGAUAAGUGAUGAGGAUAGUGAUGAAUGGACACUAGCAAAGCCAAAACGUAAAGCCCCCACUAGUACUGCCCAAGCUCCUGCAGUACCCAGGGAGAAGAAAGCAGCUCCCAAGAGAACAGUUAAACCAAAGAAGCCAAAAGCACCCAAAGAACCUAAAGUUCCUAAGCCAAGAGCACCACGCAAAACUGCAGCAGAGCGAAAAACACAGACCCCUAAAGUUGUGAAGGGUUCCAGGACAUCUGUGUUGGCUGGAACAAAAAGGAAGAACAAUAUUGAUGAAGGCAAAAAGGAUGAUAAGGCUGCAGAAGACAAAGAGGAAAAACACGCAGACUUUCCAGAGGGACAGCGGGCUGAAGAGAGUGGGCCAAGUAUCAAAAUGAAGGAGGAGAGGGUAUCAUUUAUCGUGUCAGAAGCCCAUCAAGCAGACACGUGGACAGGCGAGGGGACAUCACUAGCUGGACUUGUAGCAAAGAAGGAGGAAGUGGAGGAUUUCACGUUUGAUGAGCCUUGUCUAAAGAAGCAGAAGACCAGUGGUGCUAUCCACGGACAACCGAAUGCUUUACCAUAUUCAGAAGCAAACGCUCUGAGGAACGAACUCAAUAUGAACUGGGACUUGAUAGAGGUGCUGUCCACCCUGACAUGUGUUGAGCGCUGGGUGUGUGUAAAUAUCAUCGGCCUGCUUCGCGAGGAGAACACGGUGCCGUUCAUGGUCCGCUACCGUAAAGAUAAGAUUAACCACAUGGACGCCGACGCUGUCCGACACGUCCAGCUGAUAUACGAAGAGUUAGGCACUGUUGCCAAGAAGACCCAGUCUGUGAUUCAGACCCUGAAGAAAGACGAAGUUUUAACAGUUGAGCUGGAACAAAACCUGAGGAGCUGCCGAUCGGCUGAUGAACUGGAUCAUGUGUAUUCUCCCUAUAAGAAAGGCAGCAAGCUGACGAAGGCUCGCAGGGCCAAAGCCCUCGGUCUCGAGGACACCGCCUCUGUGCUCUUGAACAUACCGCACACUCUGGAUUUAAGGACAUGGGUAAAACCUGGUACUGAAGGUCUGUCAUCGGUGGAAGAAGUGUCUACAGGUGUGGAGCAUAUCUUAGCAGAUAUGAUCGCCAAAGACCCAGAGACACUCACCUACGUGAAAACAUUGUGUGAGAACAGCUUUGUGACCAUCCAGUCGUCUGUGUCCAAAUCUGCACUAAAGGUGAAAGAGCAAAAGUCGGACAAAAGCCACAAAAACCCAGGGGCCCAGAAAAACCAAAACAUGGACAUAGACAAGUUCCACCUAUACGUUGACUUCACCUCCAACAUCCAACGCAUCCAGCCCCAUCAGACCCUGGCUAUUAACCGAGGGGAGAGUCUGAAGAUUUUGACAGUGAAGGUGAACAUUCCCGACAGGGUGAAGAGUGAGUUCACGGGGUGGUGCAUCAACAACAGGUGGAAGCCGAAGACGUUUGCGAUACAACAGGUUUGGGAAAUCAUCAGACGUGCCAUAGAAGACUCUUACAAAAGGCUCAUUCUGCCCUUCCUCGUUAGAAGUUACAGGACUAAGCUGACAGGUGCAGCAGAGAAAGAGUCGAUCGCUAUGUUUGUGCGUAACCUUCGGCAGUACCUGUUGGUGUGUCCAGUCCGGGGGUGCGUCAUCAUAGGGGUGGACCCCGGCUUUAGGCAUGGCUGUAAACUGGCAGUUCUCUCCCCCACUGGUCAGAUUAUCCAUACUGAUGUGGUGUACCUGCAUAACUCAGGCCAGCGAACAGAAGUGGACAAACUGCGCCACCUUAUGAUGAAAUACAGCUGCACCAAGGUUGUCAUUGGCAACGGGACAGCAUGUCGUGAGACUGAGUCCGUCUUUGCUGACCUCAUCUCUAAGCGCUGCUUUCACCCCCUGGACGUGUCUUACUGUAUAACCAGUGAGGCAGGAGCCUCCAUCUACAGUGUGAGUCCUGAGGCGAUCAAAGAGUUGCCGAACAUGGACCCCAACCUGAGGAGUGCAGUGUCUAUUGGAAGACGCGUCCAAGAUCCACUGGCUGAGCUUGUGAAGAUUGAUCCCAAACACAUCGGCAUCGGAACAUACCAGCAUGAUGUGUCAGCCGGAGCUCUGAAGGCGGCUCUGGAUGGCGUGGUGCAGGAGUGUGUGAGCUUCGUCGGGGUAGACAUCAAUAUCUGCUCCGAGACGCUGAUGAGGCAUGUAGCGGGCUUAAAUGCAGGCCAGGCGAAGAAUAUUGCCGAGUGGAGGGAGCAGAAUGGUCCCUUCAACAACCGGGAGCAACUCAAACUGGUGAAAGGCAUGGGGCCAAAAACUUACCAGCAGUGUGCCGGCUUCAUCAGAGUAAACCCCCAAACCCUACACAGUGCCAAAUCCUCGCCUCACCCUGUACCUGAGAAACCAGCGGCUACGAAACGCAAACGAAAGAAUUGCGUCAACAUACCGACCUCAUUUAACCCCUUGGACCAGACGUGCAUUCACCCAGAGUCUUACCACGUGGCACAGAGGUUUCUGUCCCUCGUGGGGGGGAGUGCAGACCAGAUCGGGAGUCCAGGCCUGCGACAGUGUGUGGAGCAGAAGGUGUGGGCCAGCAGUACUGAAGAACUGGCCAAGACAGUGGACAGCACACCGGAGACCCUCAAACUCAUCAUCGAUGGCCUCACGCAGCCCCCCGGGUUUGACAUAAGACAAAAUUUUGGGCAGGCGGACUUUAAGCGGGGCAUUGUGUCCAUGAGUGAUCUGCGGGUGGGUGCAGUGCUGACGGGCCGGGUGGAGAACGCAGCUCUGUUCGGGGCUUUUGUAGAUAUCGGUGUUGGCCGCUCGGGUCUUAUCCACAAACGCUACAUCACACUGGACAAACUGCCUGCCAGUCAGCACCGCCGCAGCCUGGUACUUGGACCUGGGGAGCGGGUGGAGGUCCGGGUCCUCAAUGUGGACCCUCAGAGGGGACGGAUUGGACUGGACUUGAUCAGGGUCCUGCAAUAGAGUCACUUAUUUCCCAUAUUUCCUGCCUGUCAUAAAAGUUACAGACAAAGCUGCUGAGGCAAAUAGCUUCAUGAUGUUUACAUGUUCUUAUAAGUAUGUUCAAACGGGCCCCCCGUGUGAGUGUUUUUUUAUGAAUGACUCUUUACUUUGCACUUAUACUAACACACAUUCCUCUGAUGACGUUUUUUUUUUGCCAGGGCCUGUUCUGUUAUGCUAAAAGACUUUAUUUCCCUGAAGACGUUUUCUCAGGUAGAACUAGUUCUUUAUAAUCCCUCUGUUUGAAAGUGGUACUUUUGAUUGAAUGCCAGAUCUAAAUGUCUGAAUCUUAUUUUACUUGUCAAUUUCCCAGCUUUCUAUGUGCAGGAACGACUUUCUCCUAGGGAAGGUUUUGAGAAGCUGGAUGAAGAUCGCUUCAGAAUAAUAAUUCAAAAAUAUUUACAUACAUAAAAAAGGAGUGCGCUGAACAGUUUGAUAAUACACUUGUUUGUUUCUUUUCUUUUGAAGAUUUUGUUUGCUGUGUUUAUUAUAUUGGCACGUUCACCACUUACAUGCAGCAGAU